AUGUUUCAGGACUCAGUGGCCUUUGAAGAUGUGGCUGUGAACUUCACUCGGGAAGAGUGGGCUUUACUAGGUCCCUCACAGAAGAAUCUCUACAUAGAUGUGAUGCAGGAGACCAUCAGGAACUUGGACUCUAUAGGAAUAAAAUGGAAAGAUCAGAAUAUUGAAGAUGAGUACAAAAAUCCCAGGAGAAGUCUAAGAAAUCAUAUGGUAGAGAGACUGUCUGAAGGUAAAGAAGGGAGUAAAGGUAGAGACAUCUUCAGCCAGAUUCCAGAUGACAUUGUGAACAAGAAAACUCCCCCUGGGGUAAAAGCAGGUGAAAACCGUGUGUGUGGAGGAGGCAGCAGUGAUCAUUCAUCUGUUAAUUGGCACAUCAGAGCUGAUACUGGACACAAACCAUAUGAAUUUCAAGAACACAGAGAGAAGCCAUAUAUCAGCAAACAACGUGGGAAAGCCUUCAGUUACAGCCCCUCCUUUCAAACACAUGAAAGGCCUCACACUGGAGAGAAACCCUUUGAUUGUGAGGAAUGUGGAAAAACCUUCACUGUCCAUAGAAACUUUCAAAGACACAUGGUAAGGCACAGUGGAGGUGGACCUUUUAAGUGUAAAUUUUGUGCAGAAGCCUUUGAUUUGUAUAGUUUAUUUCGUUUACAUAAAAGAUCUCAUACUGGAGAGAGACUAUAUGAAUGUAAGCAGUGUUCUAAAGCAUUCCCCAGUUACAGAUCCUAUCUAAGACAUGAAAGAACUCAUACUGGAGAGAAACCCUAUAAAUGUAAACAGUGUGGGAAAGCCUUUAGUUGUCCCUAUUUUGUUAAAGUACAUGAAAGGUGUCAUACUGGAGAAAAACCCUAUGAAUGUAAGCAAUGUGGGAGAGCAUUUUCUUUUCGUACAUGCUUUCGAAGACACAUGAUAACGCACACUGGAGAUGGACCUCUUAAAUGUGAGGUAUGUGGGAAGGCCUUUGAUUCUCCCAGUUUCUUUCGUCGACAUGAAGUGACUCACACUGGAGAGAAACCCUAUGAAUGUAAACAAUGUGACUUUCUGCUCUGGAUCCUGGGUAGUAUCCCUGUGCUUGGGCUCCGGCUCCGGCUCCGGCUCCGGCUGCGACUCGGUACUGAGACCCCUGGGGGUAGGUCUGUGACAGCCUCUGUCGUUCUGGGAGCCGUAGAGAGGACGCCGCGACACCACGAAAACCGGGAAAUGGUGAGUGUGCAGACGUCCGCGGGCGGGAAGCGGGGGCUGGUUGGAACCGGCCGCAACCGGCUGUGGCGGGACCGGGGCCUUCCAGCGGUCAGCUCGGAAGUCUGCGGACCGGAGUAG